AUGGCGGACAGCGACAAUACUUGCAACGGAGAUGUUGUCGAUCUCACCAACCGCGGGCUGCGUAUCGGCUCUAUCUUCAUCGUUAUGGCGGCCGCAACCUUUGGCGCAUUUGCACCCAUCCUCCUGGCUAGACAACAGAAGAUGCAUGUGCCUAAGUUCACAUUCUUCAUAUGCAAAUAUGUCGGUACUGGAGUCAUCAUUGCAACUGCCUGGAUGCACCUGUUGGACCCAGCCGUGGAUAAUCUAUCAGACCCCUGCCUUGAGCCGCGACUCGGCGACUAUCCGUGGGCGCUGUGCAUCAGUUUGAUGACGGUCAUGGUCAUGUUUUUUGUUGAGCUUCUUGCUGCAAGAAUAGGGGAGGACGACGAUGGACACAGCCACUCGGUGUCCUCAGACAGCGAUUCUGACCCGUCACUGGCCAGGGGCGGUGUCUUACGGGGACCGGAUCCUAAAAAUAUUCCUGGCCUCCCGGACGAUGUGAGCUAUCCACCCGGUGGUGAAGAUCACCUCGCACACGGCCACGAGCACGAUGACGGCGACUCUCACGGUGGCCUCGCGGGCCAGCUCACCGCCAUCUUUGUCCUCGAGUUUGGUGUUGUCUUUCACAGUGUAUUUAUUGGACUCACUCUCGGUACGACGCAGGAUCUGGUUGUUCUCCUUGUUGUACUGGUUUUCCAUCAGAUGUUUGAGGGCCUCGGUCUGGGGUCGCGGCUAGCAACAGCGCCCUGGCCCAAGAAUAAGCAGUGGAUGCCCUAUCUGCUUGGCUUCAUCUUUGCCAUUUCAACUCCAAUCGGCACGGCAGCCGGCAUCGGGGCGAGGCCUAACAACGCCGAUACCCAGAAGUUGGUGAAUGGCAUCUUUGACUCUAUUAGCGCGGGCAUCCUCAUGUACACCGGACUGGUUGAGCUCCUCGCACAUGAGUUCAUGUUCAACCCCCACAUGCGCAAGGCACCAUUGAAGAUUCAGCUCUUUGCUUUUGGAUGUGUGGCUGUUGGAGUUGCAAUCAUGUCUUUGUUGGCAAAAUGGGCGUAAUGGGAAAAGUUUCUGGGUUCUUUGUCUUUCGUUUCAGUUACGAUUGUAUGGAUAUGGAGUAUAACGGUUAUCGCGGAUGGUCUGGUUCUUAGAGGCGCUUCGGUCACUUGGGUUUGGAGUUGGAAAAAGGAAAUAGUUUUAGAUCUGUAUAAUAGUCUAUAGGUUUUUCAACGUGAUUUACAACUUCAUCAACUUGUUUGUAUCGCCAUC